UGUACAUGUGUGACUAUCACAGUUGGUGAGCUGUGCACAUUCAUACUUCCCUUUCAGCCUUCAUGUAGGAUUACUGCUGAAACUUUUGCUUUGUCCAAGAUGAACACAAACACACAGCAGGGGACUGUUACCUUCAAAAAGCCAAAUGCUUCUUUAUCUGCAGAUAAGAAGUCUCCCUCCUUCACUCAGUCUGUUCCAACAAUAGCAGUGAGUUGGGUUGUACUGCUUGUAAUUGUGGGUCUUCAUAUCUACUUUACCUCUGUCAUUUCUGAAAACAACAACAAGCUGAAUGAAGAAAUCCUUAACCUGACAACACGAAACCAGGAGCUGGAGACACAAAACCAGGAGCUGGAGAAAGAGAGGAAUGACUUCAAAGAAGAAAUACAAAACAUUCAGACAGAGUGGAAUGAGCUCAACGUCACUCGAGCUCAGUGGAGCAUUGAUGCCUACUGCCCCAAAGAAAAUAACAUAAGACAGUGUAAAGCUUGUCAGAAGGGAUGGCUGGAAGAACAGUCCAGCUGCUAUGCCAUUAAUGACCCUCCAUCUGCAGGUCAGAGAAACUGGGAAGGAGCUCUAGAAGACUGCAGAGGAAAGAUUUCAGAUUUGGCUGUUGUAGAUAAUGAACAGGAGAAGAAAUACAUCAGUGAUAACAGUUGGGGCAGUUCAGGAGACAGUGGAUACUGGAUCGGCCUGAGAGCUGAAGAUGGGAGAUGGAAGUGGGUGGAUGGACGUAAUCUGACUGAAAGCUCCUGGAUACAACAACCUGCCAACAACGGUCAAUGUGUAAUUUCAGUCUAUAACGAAGGAUGGAAAUCAGUGAGCUGUAGUGACAGAAACCGAUGGAUCUGUGAAAAGGCAGCUUUAUCUGUUUAA